CAGAGUGAAACACUGCCGUACCUGUCUGUAAAUAAAGAUUUGCGGCUGCGAUGAAGACUAAUCUUUGCGGGAAAAUCGAGUUGAAAGAACUCGAAGAAAUGACCUAGCUAAUCGUGAUUGCCUAGUUAUGAUGGAUUAAUGAUCAUCCCACGUUACGAAGAUGGAGAUAGAGAUGUAGACAGUUAUGGUUUAGCCUUAGACGUCUGAAAGCAGGCCUACUCCUUUCACCAUGGCGAGCCCAUCUGCUGGAUUGACCAAAGAAGAGAUCAAAGAGCGUCUAGCUCACAUGAAAAAACAGUAUGCACAGAUGCAGAAGAAGCUGGAGAAAUCGGACAAAGCUACCAGAGUGAAGAGACAUGUCAGCAAAAAGAUUGCAGAUUACAAGCGGAAGCAGGCCACAGAUGGGUCUCCAGAAUGCACCAUUUCCAAAGCAGCCGACUCACCCAAAGACACCCCAGAGAAUACAGGUAGUCCUUCUUUACCCUUGGUCAACAGAGGGCGCCUGUCAUCGAAACCUAAAGUGUCCGCGUCCAGAGAGAAAAGCGGCAAGCGUCGGAGUGUGUCCUUUGCCCCGUCAAGUCAAUCAACGCCAACGAGCAGCAGACAUGAUGCAGGACAAGGGACUGCGUUUGCCCAUGCGCAGUCAGGAGAAGUUCUUGUGGGAGUGAAUCAAAAGCCUGUUUCCAGUGUGUCACCUCUACGUCAAGUCCAGAAAACAGACAGCUCGCUCAGAAAGUCUGGAGAUAGACCCAACAAGAAGUUGUUCAGAAGAGCCAAAUCGAAGAAACAGAAAUGGGUGACGGCUUCAUCAUCCAGAGCUACCAUAGUUGACCAGUCAAAAGAUGGUAAUGCAGGCUUUGUGUCAUCAGAUCGUCUUGAUUCAGAACAAGAUGUAUCGGUUGUAAAGGAUGAAGACACCAGUACUGAUGAAGCGAAGUCGAAGUCGGAUCCUCUGGAUAACACGAAGCAUGAAGUGGAUUCUCGUCAGGUGCAAGAAAUACUUUCCUCCCCAGAUGCAAAGACACCUCCAUUGGAUACACAGUUUGAUCUGUUUGCUGAUACAGAUGUUCAGGAUGAGUCUCCACAUGUCAAGAUGGGUACAGUUGAUGCGUCAUUGCAAGCUGCGUCCCCCUGUGCACUAAAAUUUAAGUCACCAGGACAUGCAGAAAAAGAACCGCUCCAAGAUUCUGUGUCUGGGUAUGGGCUGAAAAGACACAACAAGGCAUUAGAGGAAUCUGUCAUUAUACUUGAUGAAACACAAGGAGACAUCUUUUAUUCUCAAACCUCAAAAAGGUGCACUCAAGAUGUAACACAAAGAGACACCUUUCAUACUCAAACCUCAAUAAGGUGCACUCAAGAUGAUGAGAUGAGAAUGCCAAUGGCAGCAGAAGUACAAGAGACCCCUUCUGCAAUGAGAGUUUCUCAUCUUAAUAGCACAUCAAACACUUAUUCUGAAGCAGUCAAAAGGAAUCCAUCUGUGAUGAUGUCAAAACCUGAUAAUUCUACUAGGAACUAUUUGCAUGUCGAGGUGGAUAAAGAGAUGGCAAUAUCUGAUAGCCAUCAAGACAUGAUACACAGUGUGUCAGAUGAGGAAGGCACAGAAGACCCUGAUGUCAUUCCAAGCACUUUUCCUGAGGACCUUGAGCCAGUGACAAAAGCAAAGUCCAUUGUGUCCAGUCAGAAUUCAAAUUCAGACCAUUUAAAUGCUAUGAGAGCAAAAUGCAAUCAGGAUAGAGACCCUUCACCUCUAACAGAUGCACAGAAUACAGAUUAUCAAAGUGCGUCCAAACGAAUAAUGGAUGAAAUGGUAGAUAUUGAUGAAAGUGAAAUGAAGGUCAGCAGUCAGAAAACUAACACUGAAGAAGUAGACAUGGCUCAAACAAGUACCAGAAUGUCUGGAAAUUGUGGAGUCAAUGACAAAGACACAAAAAACAUUCUGAGACAUAGUGACACUCAGCAGAACAUCAACCACUUUGAUGAUCCAUCUUCAGUUGAGCUUGAUUCUCAAGACGUUCUGAUACAUUCCCAAGAAAUCACUUCCCAAAGGAGUCCUCUGUCUCCUGAAGGGAAGGGAAAGACUAGUAAUCCAUCUUCAGUCCAGCUUGAUUCUCAAGACAUUCUAAUACACUCCCAAGAAAUCACAUCCCACAGGAGUCCUCUGCCUCCUGAAGGGAAGGGAAAGACUGGUACCCAGAGGAGGAGGAGGAGAAAGAACCAGAGAAGCAUUGACAAUCUUUCGGUGGAUGACAUCAGCCUUAAGGACUUUGUAGUGUCUCAACAGAACAGCCAGGAGGGUAGCCACUCCUGGAUUGAUGGACUCAUGUAUCCUGCAGAGUACUAUGUCAGGAAAACCAGGAGCAUGUCCAGGCCCUCACCCAAUCAGCACUCUGCACCUCCUACCGGUCAGAAACGAUCCUCUAAAAGUUCACAGGGGAGAGCGGGCUCUCUGCCGAGGACCUUCCAAAAUGCUGCGGUGAGUGAGCCAGUUGUUCACACCAAAUUACUGGAUGCACAACAAGUACAGGCUGAAAAGGAUGAGUCGGAAGUUGGGCUUUCUGAAAAGAUAGACUUGGUAAAAGAUGAUACCUGUACAUUUGUUGAGAAGUCACAGGACUAUGUGCGCAAGGAGUCGUCUCCUCCAAGGAAGAUGAAAGUUUUGCGCAAACCAGCAACUACUAAAAGGAGGCUGGGAAGAAAAUCCUCAAGAAAGAAAUUGGAGAAUGAUUCAGAGUGUAGUGUUACAAAAACAGCUGAAACCUCUCAAACAUUAGCUCAAACUGGAUCAAGCAAUGAACAAGAUAAUGCCAGCAAUCGUUCCCAAAAAUCUCAAGAUAUUUAUAUUUGUAGUUAUGAUAGAGACCGAAAUGAAAUACAGAACAUAUGUGAUGACAAAGAUGGAACAACCCUUUUUAGUAGCAAUCAUGCAUUGCUGACUGGGAAAGAAACUGGAAUUACCACAUCUCCUUGUCACCUUCAGGUUGGUUUGGACUCCCAGGGGAACCCUGUUGAAAACACUGUAUCACAUGCUGAAGGCCCAGUGUGUGAAGGUAAUAAAUACAUCUCCAUCACUCAGAUGACAAAUAACCCCCUGGAGAGCCAGUUCACACAGACUCAAGUCCCAAGUAACUUUGCCUUACCUCGGGUAUUUGGUAGUCCUGGACAAUCCACUCAGUGUCUGGUUGGUCUCUCACCAGGUUCUCCAGCUUCAACAGCCAUCGAUGCACUGGACAGCCCAACAGUCAGGCAGUCUACAUCUCAACAUGGGGAUGGAAUCGAUCACGUUUCCAGCCCAGAACAUAGAAGACACAAUGAUGAAAACCAGGAAUGCAGUGAACAUCAGUGGAUGUCAGAAGUAUACUUGGCAGAUGUUGUACCGGAACUUCCACCCGAUGUUAAUUCUAAACAUAAAAACGUAGACAACCUUCAAGAAGUUGGUGCAGGCCAUUUAUCUCUUGAGGAACAUGAUAUGCGCCUCUCACAGGAUCUUGACAUGAAUGGUCAUCCCAAUAUCCUGCCCAAGUCACAAAGUGAACUCAUAGCAUCAGUGGCCAUUGCUGUUCCAGUUGUGAGCGCAACACAGCUAAUUGGUAGCUCGGUUCAAGGCACAAGCAAUAUCCCCAAAGCUGAAAACCAUGUUUCAGAGAGUUUGUCUUACCCACUGCCUGUUCCUUGUGAUGACAUACAAGAGGAUGAACAGCGUACAUCUCAAAGGGCUUCUGCACCUGACCUUUACGACAUCAAGGAACCCAUCCUGGAUCACAUUCCUUCCAGAGUUCCAGGAGUUCCAUCUAGCCUUUGCAGUAAUGUCAAUCAAGGAUCUCCAAUGGCUGAUGCAGCCACAGGGACUCCUCCGGAAGCUGCUGAAAUGCCUCAAGCCCAAUCUCAGUGCACAGACUCCUAUGGAGAUGGAUCAGAGUUUGAUAGAAACUCCUGGAAGGAGAUAGCUGGAAGUGACCUCAGUGUAAAGGAAUGCUUCCAGUUCAAAGGUUGCCUGAAGCACAAGACGGAGCACUCAACAGAAGUCAAGCACAUCAUUUCAUCCAGGCUUGUCACUGAGGAUGUAUCAGAACCUUUGAUAGCUGUUGUCUUUCCUAAAGAAAUCGUCUUCUGGGUACUCAGGACUGCAGAAACAGGAAAGGUUUUUCAGGUUUUGUUUUCAUGGAGAACAAGUAAGAGUCCCGAGAGAGUCACCUUCUUCACUCUUCUGCCAGACGUGACCGAUGCCGUCGAAGCUCUUGUUGUGGUUGGAGAUGAGGAUAGAUCCCACUCUGUCAGAUGCAUCAGGUGGGACUGUAAGAAAGCAAAAUGGAAAGACACCACAGUCCUCUCCUCUGCAGUUAUGCCCCAUAUGACCUGUACAUCCCUCUGUGCUCUACAAGACAGAAAGGCCGCCAUAGCUCUCCACAAGAAGGCUAUCGGUUCAGAGGUGCUGAUCGUAGGGCUUAGUGCUAAUGGCAGUGAGAGACAAGACUUUCCUUCCGUGACUCUACCGGCGUCAAAGGAUAGGAUCAACUCGCUGACGGUAGUUGAAGAUGCCGUUCACAUGCUGCUUGGAGUGACUGACUCAGAAGCAUUGCUCUGGCAUGUACCGUCCCAUCAACUUGUGCAAGAGUUUUGCCUGAAAGAUCAGAAGAUGAAUUACUCUAUUGAAGCAACUGCAGAAUCGGGUCUUCUGUUCAUGGUAGCGUGUCGCAAGCAUGAUGAUAACCACAAAGACCACACUGAGGAACCCGCUUGCAGUCUCCUGGUUCUCAAUCCCCUGAAUGGCCGUUCAUCCAAAUUACUGAACUACUCGGCCCCAUGCAUGCAGCCUGGAGUCCAAAUCCAUGACGUCUCAGUGUGUACUGGUAAGACUCUGGCUGCUUCUUUGACGAGUGGCCACACCUGCUUGUGGGAUCUUCACUCCAGCCAGUUACUGAUGGAGGCACGCGGCCAUGAACCAGGGGAGACCUCUACCGCACUGUGUCUGCAAGAUGCAGAGACUCUGCUACUGGGUGCCGAUGGUUGUGUCAAUGUUUAUGAAAGAAACUUUUGAAUAGCUGCAGUUCUAUUUGAUUAUGGUACUAGCUCUCUACCUUUAUAUCUCAUUUUGUACACUCUUUCACUAAUUUCCCAUUCUCUCUCUCUCUCUUCUUUAUCUCCUAUUGGGCGCCAAAAU